AUGUUGUUGAUCGUGAGGGAGAAAUUCAAAUUGGGUCUCAUAAAAUUCAGCGAUGGAAUUAAGAGAAUUGAAGAUCUUACAUUGUUACUGGAAACUGAAAUCUUCAACUGCAAAUUACCAGCAUCCCAUUUCACUCCUUCCACCGCCCAUCCGCCGCUGAUCUCCGCCGGCAGCCGCCCUACAGCCGGUUGCGGAUGGAGAGGAGGCCAUAAAUCACCCUCGACGGCGGCGGAGCUGGAGUGGCUGUCGACAUACAUGGACGAUUCCUUCACUGAUUUUCCGGCGAGUGAGAUCGCGACCGCAUCCGUCGACUUCCACGGCCGCGGUCGGAGCAAGCGAUCGCGGGCGGCGAAUCAGGCGGUUGCGGGGGAGAGUGCGGAGGUGGCUCGUAGGUGCACGCACUGCGCGUCGGCGAAGACGCCGCAGUAG